AGGUUUCCGUGAGCUUAGACAAAGAGGGUAUAUUGUGUCACUAGUUUAAACCUUAAGGGACUGGUUCUUAAAACACCCUUUCUCUAGUAACAAAAUAAGAUCAUCCUCUCCGUCACUCCGCCGUCGCCUCCACCAGCUCCUCCGGCCCAACUGGUGUUUAGCCUCGGUUAUUGUUGUGAAUUGUCAUGACGAAGUUCAGGAAGCUUAAUCGUCCUACUGGACAUCGAAUGUCCAUGCUCAGGACUAUGGUCUCGCAGCUGGUCAAGCACGAACGUAUAGAAACUACUGUCGCGAAGGCAAAAGAAGUCCGUCGACUAGCUGAUAACAUGGUGCAACUUGGGAAGGAGGGUACGCUUUGUGCUGCCAGGCGUGCUGCUGCCUUUGUGAGAGGAGAUGAUGUUAUUCACAAACUAUUUACAGAGCUGGCCUAUCGUUACAAAGAUAGGGCCGGAGGAUAUACAAGAGUGCUUCGAACCCGAAUAAGAGUUGGUGAUGCCGCACCAAUGGCAUAUAUAGAGUUCAUAGACAGGGAAAACGAGCUUAGACAGUCAAAACCCCCGGCCCCACAACCAGCUCAACGACCACCGUUGGAUCCCUGGACAAGAUCUCAGCUUAGCAGGAGUUUUGCAUCUCCUAAAGAAGUCAAAAGCUCUGAAGCAGAGGAUUAGAGCUUCUAAUCAAGCCUUUGAAAAGGAACAAAAAGGUAUGAGAAACAAUGGCAACAGAAUCUUUGAUCUUAACUAUAUCUUAGCAACAUGUUAUGGCAUUAGAAUGUUUAAUUUUGUAUGGCAGCCAAGUCAAAUAAUUGUUCAGAAGUGAAACUGGAUUAUGAUUAUAGUAAUAAUCCAAUUUACUUUUUUAUUA